UUCAGAGAACGAUAUGGCUUGUUCCCCAGCACACCUCAUCUUCAUCUCCCUCCUCUGCCAGUUCACAGCCUCUGGAACCCUGAUGAAGAAGGUUGGUGCCCUUGGUGGAUCUGUGACCUUUCCUGUGGAAUCUACAGUAAAGCAAGUUGACAGUAUUGUCUGGAUCUUCAAUGCAACCACUCUUGUCACCAUACAGCCAGCUAUGCCAGACAAAAAAGCCACUAUUAUAGUGACCCAAAAUCGUAAUAAGGAAAGGGUGGUCUUCCCAGAUGACAGCUAUUCUUUGACACUCCUCAAACUGAAGAAGAAUGACUCAGGAAUCUACCGGGUGGAGACAUACAGCUCAUCCUCUCAGUCACCCUUCACCCAGGAAUAUGGGCUGCAUGUCUAUGAGUACCUGUCAAAGCCCAAAGUAACCAUGGGUCUGCAGAACAAUAAGAAUGGCACCUGCAUAACUAAUCUGACAUGUUCCAUGGAGCAGGGAGGAGAGGAUGUGACAUACAGUUGGAAGACCCUGGGGCAAGGAGGCAACAAGUCUCAUAAUGGCUCCAUCCUCCCCAUAUCCUGGAGAUUGGGAGAAAGGGACUUGACCUUCAUCUGCACAGCAAGGAACCCCAUCAGCAGCAAUUCCUCAAGUCCCAUCCUUGCCUGGAAGCUCUGUAAAGAUGCUGAUGAUGGUGGCUCAUAUUCCUCCCUGGUCUUACCGUAUCUUCUGUUGGUGCCCUUCCUGCUCUGCAUCCUUGUACUGGUGCUUUUUUUUACUAUGAGAGAAAGAAGAAAAGAGCCCACUGACGGUGAAAAAAGAAUGGACAUUCAUCGGGAAAUUCCUAAUGUCUGCCCCCAUUCUGGAGAAAACACGGUGUAUGAAGCAAUUCGCUAUGCUAAUAAAAUUAAUGCAGAGGAAGAUCCACUAAGUACACUUUAUUCCACUGUACAGAUACCAAAAACGCCAGGUGGAUCUUCAGGCAAGAAUGUGAACUCCCCAAUGGUCUAACUGACCAAAAAAGAAAAGCCACAAACUAAUUUUCAGUAUCCUUGAACUGAUGUCAUAUAACCUCUCUGAGUGAGGCCUCACCAGACCAGAGGUCAGGUGUUUGCCUGACUCUAACAGAAAAAAAAGUAUCAUUCAGAUCUUACCAUAAUUUUUGCACCUGCCCAAACCUCCCAACAACAGAUUAGUCUCCUAGGAGCUCCUCACUCUCCCCACCUCAACCCUACUCUGGCCCCACAGUCCUUUGCUAAGGGACAGUUUCUUUCAUGCAAAUUGUUCCACAGGUCUUCAUAAGACUCCCAUGAAUUGAGCUCAUCUGAGGUGCUCAUGUGAAAUAACAGAAGGUGAAAUAGAGACCAAGAGAAAUGGAGGGACUUGCCUAAAGUUUCAGACGUCAGUGUAAUACAAAGACUAGAAAACAAAAAGGAGUGCCAUUCCACCGCCCUACCUCUGCAGAGGAGGCAGGCAGCCAGGGCUUCAGAGCUUAAGAGAGAUGAGUGCCUCCUGUCAACACAGAAUGGAGGAAAGAAAAUAGCUUUGGAAGUGAGCCUGGAUUCAGAUUCCCUCAUCAGCACAGUGACUCUGGCCAUGGACUUGGGCUCUGUGAGCCUUUGCCUUCUCAUGGGUGAACACUGAGGGGCCUUUCAACAUGGGGAUUAUACGAAACAAGUGUGAGUGCUUGGCACAUAGAAGGAAAUUCAUACAUGGUACAUGAUAAUUAAGAAAGGGAAUAGUACAUAAAAAAUGGUCACAACUUCCUAAAGCAAUUUAGGAUAAGAAAUGGAAGCACUAAAAUACAGAAUCAGUCCUUGAAAGAAAGAUGUCUGGUUUAUAGCAAAAGAGGAGCAAGAGGAAGAGGAAAAGUGGGAAUUAGCUUCCCUCAGCGUGUUGAAAGAAUUUAAAUACAAUGGUGGUUUAAUAGACAAAAAUUGGAUUAAGAAUUAUCCUGUCUCGAAAUCAGAAAAAUGAGGAAGUAUACUCCAUUUAUGUAUGAUUUAUCAAAAUGCAUAAAUUCAUUCUACUGUCAUGUAUAACUAAUUAGAACAAAUUUAAAUUUUUUAAAAGUAUAGUCAGAGGAGAAUUAAGGUCUAUUUCUCUUCCUUACUACAAAACCCUAUUGUCAUAGACCUCAGUGAAUAGUAUUCUUUAUUGUCUUUGUUCUUUUUUAAAAAGGCACUAUAACAAUAUAAAUACAUAUCCAAUUACAGGGAAAAAGGCAUUAUAAAAUUCACAUACAAAAAUAUGCACUGUGUUGCUAUUUGCAUUAGUAAAAUUCUGGAAACAAAUUAGAGUCAGACCACAGGUAAAGAUUAAGUAAACACAAACAUGAAGAAUUAUAGGUUAUCAAGCUAGAAAGUGUGACAUGGCAAGUGAAAGUAGAGUGUAAAGUUCAAUGUGCUGUAUGAUUGCAAAUAUAUCCAAAAGACACAGAAACCUGGAAAAACUUGGAAGGGAAUACAUCAAAACAUUAAUUCUGGUUGAGGAGAAUGAAAGUGUAGGUGACUUGGAAUUUUUUCUAUCUGUGUUCAUUUUCCAAAUGCUUUUUAAUAAGAAAGUGUGUAUUAUGUAAUGGAGAGGAAGAACUUUUAAGCAGAAAAAAGAGGUGCUUCACCAAGAGAGGUUAAGGGGAAAGUCAACCCUUACGUUAAAGGCGUUAAAGGCGUGGGUAGGAGGAUGGAAAGUGUCCCCUGAGUGAGAACAGUGGGCAGAAGGGAGGAAGACCCCCCAAUGAUGAUCAGAGGAAAAGAUUAGUCUGCCUCCACGAGGGUAGCUGGGGGCUGUGGGGAGCCUUAGGGUAUGAGGCAGGAGGGGGAGGGGGACUGCUAGGCUUUAGAAUGCAUCCUUCCUGCAUAUGCUCUUUCUCCUGGGAGCCAACUCAGAUGGCAAUUAGAACUGAUCCUCCUAAUUAUGAUCCUACCACCCUUUUAAGCCAGUGGCUAAAUAGGGGUCCCGGGAAACCAAUGGAUCUGGAAUCUGGAAACUCCCUUAAGAUCUUUUCCCAAUGCUGACUGCAGAUAAAGACUUCCCCUCCUAAGCUCAACCAGCAGGCAGAGAAAACCACUAGCCUGCUAGGGUGAGAAGUCACACCAUCUCCUGAGGUGUGGCUGAAGACUUGUGAAAUGAAAGCAAUAGGUUCUCAAACACUGAAACCUGAUCAGGGGGAAAAAGGUGAGAGAAGUUAACUAUAUCAUAUCAGGAAGGUGCUCACUCAUUCAUGCAUUUAUGCAUACAUGCAUUCAUUUAUUUUUUUCAGCAGUACUUAUUAAGCACCAAUGAAUGCCAGGCACUAUCUUUAACAUAGGAAAUACAACAGUGUGCAAAAAUGAGUGUCCUGCCCUUAGGAUGCUUACUUUCUAAUGAGAGAGGGCAAUAUUCAAAUUAUCUUUCAAAUAACAUGGCAGCAGAAAUGAUUGCUAAGAAAGAAAAAUGUGUAGUGCUAGGAUACCCUACAGUGGAGGAUUUUCUUAGGGUUGAGGAAGGGUCAAGGAAUCUCCAAAGCUAUAAAAAUUGAACUGAGCUCUAAAGAUAAAUAAGAAUUACUAAAAAGAAGAAAAAGAAGUGGAGAGGGUGAAAACCCCUUUUUAGUCAGACGGAAGAGCCUGUGCAAAGGCCCUGUGGUGAAAGGACCUGAAACAACAAAAAUCAGUGUGACUGGACCAAAUGGUUGUGUUUUUAAAAUUUCAUUAAUUACAGUCUGAGAAGAGAUUUAUGGGGUCAAGUCUGGAUACAGGCAAACUUCUCAGAAGGCUAUCACAGUGGUCCGUGAGAGAGGUAAUAGUACAUUGGACAGAGACGAUAGGAUGAAAAUGAAGAAGGAAGGAUGGAUUUGUGAGAUAUCUAUGGAGACUGCUGUAUCCAGUACUCUUCAGGGAUGUUUGCUGAUCUGAGAGAAGAAACCAGAAGGCUAACCUUUGUUUAUGAGAGCCUCUUGGGACUAGAGGGACAAACUUUGGAGUCCAGAACCACCAUGAUUAGUGAACUCACUUGUCUCUUUGACCUGGGACUCCAAAAGACUUAACCUAGGAGAAAAUAUAAACAAGAACCACACCAGUCAUUGCCAACUUUAAGACAUCUGUGUAACCAAGAAAAUCUCCAACUUGGAUACUGUAUUAAAAAGAACCAAGAUUGCUAGUGUCCUUGAACCUGUCAGAAACAAAGAUAAUCUCUAGAAGAAAACAAAAUUAUUAGGCUUCAAGUUUUUUCUUCAGUCUUUCAUAAACAAUGUCUAUCACACAAUCAGAGAUAAUCAGACACAUAAAGAGGCAAGACCCCAUGAACAAGAAGCUGGUGGGGAGAGCCAGAGACUGCAGUCCAGGAUAUAGUACAACCCUUUUCCUUUAUCAAAUCUGCAGAAGAAGGAAAGAAUUACCGAAGCCUCCUCAGGUCACAUAUUUGUGAACAAAUUUUAAAGGUGCUUUGAGUUCCAUCUGGCUAUAAUUCUGAGCAUCCUGUUUAUUGCUAUCCAUUAAGAAGAUGGGCAGUAAGAUACAAGAAUUGAUGUCAUAAAAUUGAUAAUAUUUAAUACAGUAUUGACUAUAUGUCAAGCAUUAUCCUAAAUGCUUCAUAUAUGUAUAUGUGUAUUUAUAUACACAAGUAUCAAUUUAUUUAAUCCUCAUAACAAACAUAACCUUUUACAGAUGAAGAUACUGAGACCCACAUAGCCUUUCAUCUUGUUGGGUUUUAGUGGAAUUGUUGUUGUUGUUGUUGUUGUUGUUACUAUUGUUUUGGGCUCAUACAUAUUACUUCAGUGGACAGCAUUAAUUAAUAUUAAAUUGAUUAUUUUAAAGUAAA